CUCUUGCCAGGAGCAUUUGACAUUGGACUGACACACGAUUCUGUCAAACAGAUGUGGUAAACAAACAGGAACAACGCACUCUUGUUUACAUGAAUUCAGAUUCAAAAAGAACACAGCAUUGAACCAACAUUACUCACUAAUGUUUUACUCCUCGUACAAUGUCCGACGACAAAGCCAUUCCUAAAACGGACUACAAGCUUGAGGCCGAUUCUGAGCUGCGGUUUGAGAUAGAAAAUAAGAACGAGAAAGUGUCGGUUGUGCUUCUCAAUGGACUGGCGGAACUGUUCGGUACGGAGCUGGUCGUGAAGAAGCCGUACGAUUUCUUCACUGGCGCUAAGGUGGCCAUCUUCACCUACCAUGGCUGUACGAUCGAGCUGCGCGGUAAGCCCGAUGUGGCGUACGUUGCCAAAGAAACGCCCAUGGUCAUGUACUUGAACGCCAAUUCGGCGCUGGAACACUUGCGCAGCAAGGCCGAGCAGGAGGAUGCGCAGGGUCCGAUCGCGAUGGUGGUUGGUCCGAUGGAUGUAGGAAAGACCACACUGUGCCGCAUAUUCUUGAACUACGCGGUUCGGCUGGGCAGGCGUCCCAUUUACGUUGACUUAGAUGUGGGCCAGGGUGGGAUCGCUAUACCCGGCACCAUUGGAGCUUUGCUGGUAGAGCGACCGGCACCGGUAGCGGAAGGUUUCUCCCAACAGGCGCCGCUUGUGUACCAUUACGGGCACAGCUCACCGUCCUCGAACAGUACGUUCUACGAUGUGCUGAUUUCGAAACUGGCCGAAACAACACUGGAACGCUUGCAGGCAAACAAAAAGGCGAAAUCGUCCGGCAUGAUCAUCAACACCUGUGGCUGGGUGAAGGGAUCCGGCUACUCGCACAUACUGCACACCGUUGAAGCGUUCGAAGUGAACGCCAUCUUCGUGCUCGAUCAGGAACGUCUGUACAACGAGCUGCUGCGGGAUGUGAAGAGCACCGUGCAGGUGGUCUUUCUGCCGAAGAGCGGCGGUGUAGUGGAACGUACCAAGUCCCAGCGCACCGAAGCAAGAGAUCUGCGGAUAAGGGAAUAUUUUUACGGCUCCAAAAUGCCACUUUUUCCCCACAGUUUUGAUGUAAAGUUUUCGGACAUAAAAAUAUUCAAAGUAGGCUCUCCGCCGUUGCCGGCUUCCUGCUUACCGCUGGGAAUGAAAGCGGAAGAUAACUACACGAAGCUAGUCGCCGUCCAGCCCGGUCCCCAGCUGUUACACCACAUACUGGCAGUUAGCUUUGCCGAAAGUACCGACGAGAAUGUGAUCCAAACCAACGUGGCAGGCUUUAUUUGCGUCACCAAUGUCAACAUGGACAAGCAAGUGCUGACGGUGCUAUCUCCCCAACCGCGGCCGCUGCCCCAAACAAUACUGCUCGUUUCCGAUCUUCAGUUCAUGGACAGUCAUUAAGGAAGGCGACAAAGAAGGCGUUCGUUCCCCAAUAAAGCACAUCUUCAAGCGUUGAGUGGCGGCCGGGUAUGGCCGACCUCGAUUGAAGGAAA